AUGGCUUCCUUCGGCAAUCCCACACAGAUCUUUGCGGACGACGUAAUUGAGGAGAAGGGCGAGAAUGCUCGUCUUUCGGCCUUUGUUGGUGCCAUCGCCGUCGGCGACUUGGUGAAGAGCACCCUCGGUCCCAAGGGAAUGGACAAGAUUCUGCAAUCUGCAUCCACUGGUGAAAUCCUCGUUACCAAUGACGGUGCUACUAUUUUGAAAUCGAUCGCUCUGGACAACGCCGCCGCGAAGGUCCUGGUCAACAUUUCCAAGGUCCAGGACGACGAGGUCGGUGAUGGUACAACAUCCGUCACCGUGUUGGCCGCCGAGCUUCUGCGCGAGGCCGAGAAGCUGGUCAACUCUAAGAUCCACCCCCAGACCAUUAUCGAUGGUUACCGGAUAGCCAGCAAGGCCGCCCUGGCCGCCCUCGAGACUGUGGCCGUCGACCGCAGCAGGGACCCCGAGGCCUUCCGCAAGGACCUGCACGCUAUCGCCCGUACCACACUGAGCUCUAAGGUUCUCGCCCAAGACCGCGAACAUUUUGCUCGUCUCGCCUGUGAGGCUGUCCUCCGCCUGAAGGGCUCCACCGACCUCAGCCACAUCCAGAUUAUCAAGAAGGCCGGCGGCAAGCUGAACGACUCAUACCUGGAUGAGGGAUUCAUCAUGGACAAGAAGAUUGGUGUCAACCAGCCCAAGCGAUUGGAGAACGCCAAGAUCCUGGUGGCCAACACUGCCAUGGACACGGAUAAGGUCAAGAUUUUCGGUGCUCGCGUCAAGGUCGACUCGACCGGUAAGCUGGCCGACCUGGAGAAGGCCGAGCGUGAGAAGAUGCGCGCCAAGGUUGAGCAGAUCAAGUCCCACGGCAUCAACUGCUUCGUCAACCGUCAGCUGAUCUACAACUGGCCCGAGCAGCUGUUCACCGAGGCUGGCAUCAUGUCUAUUGAGCACGCCGACUUCGACGGCAUUGAGCGUCUCGCUCUGGUAACUGGCGGUGAGAUCGCCUCUACCUUCGAGCACCCUGACCAGGUGAAGCUGGGAUCCUGUGACCUGAUUGAGGAGGUCAUUAUUGGUGAGGACACCUUGAUCAAGUUCUCCGGUGUGUCUGCCGGCCAGGCCUGCACCAUUGUGCUGCGCGGUGCCACCGAGCAGCUGCUGGACGAGGCCGAGCGCUCGCUGCACGAUGCUCUCGCCGUCCUGUCACAGACCGUGAAGGACCCGCGGGCUACCCUGGGCGGUGGCUGCGCGGAGAUGGUGAUGGCCAAGGCCGUCGAGCAGGCUGCGCAGAACACCACUGGUAAGAAGCAGCUGGCGGUGGACGCUUUCGCACACGCUCUGAAGCAGCUGCCCACCAUUCUGGCUGAUAAUGCGGGUCUGGACUCCAGUGAUCUGGUGACCCGCCUCCGCCAGGCCAUCAACAACGGCAUGACCAGCUCCGGACUGGAUCUGUUGACGCCGGGUGGAGGUAUUGCUGAUAUGCGCGAGUUGGGCGUUGUGGAGGCGUAUAAGCUGAAGAAGGCGGUUGUUUCGUCGGCCUCGGAGGCUGCAGAGCUUCUUCUCCGAGUGGAUAACAUCAUCCGGGCGGCGCCCCGCCGUCGUGAGCGGAUGUGA